UCCAGCCCUGCACUCACACACUGCUCCUGUGCCACCGAGAGACGAUGCGUGUUGAGCUAGUUUAGAGACCAGGACAGCGGACGCACAGCAGCAAUAAGAGCCACCAGCAGACACACUAGCCGACACCGUAGCAGCAUCGUCUUUGAGGGGAGAGGAACGCCUUGUUCUGGUCCACACGCACAGCUAACCAAAACCGGAGUUAGCCAUUUUUUUGCUAAGCAGCUAAAAGCGCCGUCGCACUGAGGCUUCGUAGACACACAGCAGGACAGACACCAGCAGAGGAGAUGAAGGACAAACAGAAGAGGAAGAAGGAGCGGACCUGGGCUGAGGCGGCUCGCAUGGUUUUGGAGAACUUCUCUGAUGCUCCAAUGACCCCCAAACAAAUCCUCCACGUCAUCCAGACCAAGGGGCUGAAGGAGAUGAGGAGUGGCACCGCCCCACUGGCCUGCCUGGUCACCAUGCUGCACUCCCAGGUGCGGGGCGACCGAGUGAAGGACAGCAUCUUCUUCAAGCUCCCAGGCCGGAUGAGCCUCUUCACUCUCAAGAAAAACGCCCUCCAGUGGACGAAGACCACGUCGGAGUCGGAGACUCCGGCCGAGUCGACCAGCAGCGCCGCCGCCGCCUCGGCUUCCAGCAGCGCGGCGGCGGCGUCCUCGGUCGACGCCGGUGAACAGGAAAGCUGCGACUCCACGGAGAUCACCGCCAGUGGAGACAACGACGCCUCGGUGGACGAGAGCUCGUCCAGCGCCUCCUGCUCCGCGGAGCCUCCCCCCCCGCCCACCUCUCAGCCCCAGACCCGCCUCAGCAGGGCGGCAGGACUCCAAGGCCGCACAGAGAGCCAGCAGCAGCAGGCCCAGCACGCCCAGACCCGGCUGAGCCGCUCCAGACAGUCAGGGCGGCAGAGGAAGAAAGCCGUGAUGAUGCCUCGCGUCGUCCUCACGCCUCUGAAGGUCAACGGGGAGCACGUCCCCUCAGGGCCCAUGAAGAGGAGUCGGGGAGGGGUGGAUGUGGACUUUGAGACUCCGGGCUCCAUCCUGGUCAACACCAACAUCAGAGCGCUCAUCAACGUGAGGACCUUCUCGGCCUUCCCCUCGCACUCGCAGCAGCAGCUGCUGCAGCUCCUGCCAGAGGUGGACCGGCAGAUCGGACCCGACUCCAUGGCUCGACUGAGCAGCUCGGCCCUCAACAACGAGUUCUUCACCCACGCCUCCCAGAGCUGGAAGGAGAGGCUGGCCGAGGGGGAGUUCACCCACGAGAUGCAGGUCCGCUUCCGCCAGGAAAUGGAGAAGGAGAAGAAGGUGGAGGCGUGGAAGGAGAAGUUCUUUGAAGAGUACCACGGGCAAAAGUCUGGUCUGACCCGAGAGGAGUCCCUGAAGCUCACCAUGAGCGAAGCCGGUGAGGCGGCGGCCGGCGAGGCGGCGGCGGCCUCCGGCGCGCCCAAGAGACGCAGCGUGGGCCGGAGGAGGAGAGACGGCCGCCUGAGGAGGCGCACGCGGGCCGACCUGCGGCGGCGGGCGCGCCGGACCCUCUGCAAGGCCACGCCCCCGGCGCCGCAGUCUGCGGACGCGGCCGAGGCCCCGGACAGCCCGGCGGCCUCCGUCGGCUCCCCCGUGUCCGCCGCCGCCGCCGGGGAGGUGGAGCUGCAGGCCGAGGCCGGCGUGGAGCUGGAGAGCGCCGCCGCGGAGCCAAAGCCCCCCGCCACGCCAGAGCCCAGCCCCACCCGCACCCCCACACCCACUACACCUACACCCACUACACCCACUACACCCACUACACCCACUACACCCACACCCACUACACCUACACCCACUACACCUACACCCACACCCACUACACCUACACCCACUACACCUACACCUACACCCACUACACCUACACCUACACCCACUACACCUACACCUACUGCUGCUACUGCUGCUGCUACCGCUACUCCCACAGCUACUGCAACUCCUACCCCCACACCCACCCACAGCCCCACCCCCACACCCACCCACAGCCCCACCCCCACACCCACUCACAGCCCCACCCCCACACCCACUCACAGCCCCACACCAACCCACAGUCCAGCCUCCAACAGCGCAAACGAGGAGCCUGAGGAGCCCGACGCCGCGGCCCGCCUGCUCCCAGAGGAAGCUCCGCCGGAACUGGCGUCCACCUCCUCGCCGUCUUCUUCCUCCUCCUCCUCCUCCUCCUCUUCCUCCUCCUCCUCCUCCUCCUCUUCUUCGUCCGCCUCCUCGCCGGUGUCCUCCCCCUCCUCGCCGUCUGGCAGACGGGGAGCGUUCGCCGCGGGCCUGGACUUCUCUUCGUCCUCUUCGGCGUCCUCCUCCGGCGUCGCCGCCGACCCGCUGGACGACGCCGCCUCCGCGGUCACCGGCGGCACCGCCACCAGCAGCCGCGACAGCAGCCCCUCCGCCAGCCCGGCCUCCACCCCUCUGCCCGCCGCCCAGCCCAAGGAGCAGAAGAGGAGGCCCGACGAGACUCCGGCCUUCUCCAGCUUCCCCGAAAAGAGGCCGCGGCUUGACGACCGCCAGUCCUUUCGUACCACAAUCGACGGCGUCCGCGCGGAGAAGCCGCAGCCGACCGCAGAGGAGCCCAAGGUGCCGCCCAUCCGGAUUCAACUGUCCAGAAUCAAACCGCCCUGGGUCAAAGGUCACCCCACCUACCAAAUCUGCCCCCGCAUCGUGCCCCCCGGCGAAGGCUCGCGGCGGUCGGGGACGGGGGGGGCGCGCACCCUGGCGGACAUCAAAGCCCGGGCCCAGCAAGCCCGGGCCCAGCGCGAGGCCGCUGCUGCUGUUGCAGCCGCUGGCGAGGGGGCAGGGCCGGCGGGCGGCGGCCGGCUGCGGCCUCCUGCUGGGCUACCGGAUAGCAGCAAUGGACGACGAGCGCGAGAGCAUCCGGGCCCCGUCGAGCCCGGAGGAGGAGGAGGAGGAGGAGGAGGAGGAGGAGGACCGGGAGGAGGGGGAGGUGGUGGGCUGGAGGAGCCGGGACCGUCUGCAGGCGCGGAUCCGUCUGGAGCACAACUACAGCGCCUCCCUGUAGACCCGCCGGGGGCUCCGCAGGGGGCCGGGGGCUCCGCAGGGGGGGCGGCGGCUCCGGAGGAACCCACGUCGGCCGUUGAGCUCACAGACGAGGCGUCGCCCUCGCCGAAGCCAGAGGCGCCCGAGGCCGCCGCCCCCCCAUCGGAGACGGCCGACCCGGGUUCUGAGAAGGCGUCCCUGGCUCCGACCUCCAUCCCCGACUCGCUGCCCCGGUUCGGGGCGCAGGGCGUGGACGUCAUCCAGACGCUGUCCAGCUCCUGCAAGUCCAAAGAGGUCCAAGGGAAGGAGGCGGGGUCGGGCGGCGUGAUCCAGCACGGCUCCUACCACGUGGAGGCCCAGGAGGCGUUCCCCCGCCCGGCCGCCUCCCCCCGACACGCCGACUCCGGCGGGGAGAAGGACGACGAGGCGGCGACGCACAGCGACUCCACGGAGACGGCGUCGGACUGCGAGAACGACCUCCAGGAGGACGAGCUGCAGCCGGCCGACGAGGACUGGGCCCCGCGGGGGUGCGGAGCCAAGAGGAACGGCCCGCUGGUCAUCUGUGGCCCUCCUCCUCAGAACCAGCAGCCGGUCAUCCAGGCCCACGUGUCCGCCGGCCGCCACGGGCAGACCGUCAUCCAGCCGUGCUUCCCCAACGGCCUGCCUCAGUACCAGAACCACCACGGGCUCCGGGACGCCACGGUCAAGGCAGAGACCGGGUCCUCUCCGGGCUCCGCCGAAGAGGAGGGUCGCUCGAAACCCAAGAGGCCGGCCGGCGCCGCCAGGCCUGUGUCCAGCGUGGAGGCCAACAACCCGCUGGUCACCCAGCUGCUGCAGGGCAGCCUGGCGCUGGAGACGGUUCUGCCCCCCCACCCCGCCAACCGGCUGGAGAUCAGCCGGCUGCAGGGGCCCCGAGCCGCGGCCGCCCGGACCCCAGGGCCCCGCGGCCGGCCCGAGGCCCCGCCUCCCGGCCCGGACCUGAGGGCGGCCUCCGGCCCGGUGUCCUGUGUGAAGGAGGCGCCGCAGUACGGGGCGGUGCCGGUCAUCACCUCCCUGCCCCCCUCCUCCUCCUCCUCCUCCUCCUCCUCUGCAGCCGUUCAGAACGCUCACGGCUCCACGCCCUCCCCGGGGGUCGCUCCGGCCCACCGGCCCACACCCAACGGCCCCUCCCCUUCCUGUGCGGACCCGUGUCCCCCGGAGGCGGUGCCAACCAUCAAGAUCAACUGGCGGCCCUCGCACCCUCAGCCCCGCCUCCUGCACCACGUGGCGGCCGUGGUGAAGAUCGAGGCGGGCGCGCGGCCGCCCUGCCAGGCGCUCGCCAAAUCGUGCCCCGUCAAACCCACGGGCGCCACCAAGAAGGAGGCGGGCGGCUCGGGGGACGGCUACCUGAGCGGGGGGGCGAUGGAGGGCCUCCUCAACAUGGAGAUGACUUUGGCCCGCAUGGCGAAGAAGGAGCACGGCAAGGCGUCCUACUCGUCCUCGCCCGCCCCCUCCGCGCUCCCCUUCCAGCUGUACGGCAAGUUCCCCAAGCACGGCGGCGUGAGCUACACUGCCAACGUGUCCGUGAUGGACAACGGCGGCUUCUCCCGCAGCGUGGCGGACGGCGUGCUGCAGCUGCGGCCGCGCCUGACCUCGGGUCAGACCACGCUGAGCAUCCAGGCCUUCACGGACGGCUCGGCGGACGAGGUGGCGCUCAAGUGCUCGUGCCGCCUCAAAGCCAUGAUCAUGUGCCAGGGCUGCGGCGCCUUCUGCCACGACGACUGCAUCGGGCCCUCCAAACUGUGCGUGUCGUGCCUGGUGGUGAGGUAGUGGGCGGAGCCUGUACAGUAGCAGAGUGGACUGGGAGGAGGGGGAGGAGCUUUGUAUAAUAUAAGUGGUCUGUAUUUUUGUUGCAGAUUUUCAGAUUUAUUUCUUUUUUUAGCUGUACUUAUAUAUUAUGAUUAAUAUUAUUAUCAUUAUUAUUAUUAUUGUGAAUUUGGGGCAUGGUUGAUUGUAAAUUGUGCCUUUUUUUUGUUUUGUUUCCUCAAAAACAUUUACCUCAUGUUCUCUCCCUCCGGCCGUCAUCUCUCGGUGGGUGUCAUUGUUUUGGUUCCUCGGCAAACCGAGACGUGUUGUUGUCUCUUUGCGCAAAGAAGUAUUUUUUUAGCCAUUAAAAUGAGUAAAUGACAAAGUUCA